AUGAAAGCAUUCAACCAAAUAACUUCAUUUCUUCUUCAUUUCUUGAUCUUUUUACUGAUCAGCAUCACAUUAUCUGCACAUGGAUGCCAUGAAGAGGAAAGAAGGGCUCUGCUAAAUUUCAAGUCAUCUUUGGAUGACCCAUCUGGUCGAUUGUCCACAUGGAAACAAGGCGUCCAACAUCGAAACUGCUGUGAUUGGAGUGGAAUUGGAUGUUCAGAUGAGUCUCUUCAUGUGGUCUCGAUUGAUCUUCGAAACACCAAGCUUGCAGAUUAUAAGGAUGUAUUAAGUGACACUUUUGAUGACAAUUCGGUACUACGAGGUAAAUUAUCUCCUUAUCUAUUCAACAUUACACAUUUGGAGUAUCUAGAUCUUGCCUUCAAUGAUUUUCAGGGAUCAGAAAUCACACAUCAGUUUUCAAAUCUAACGAAACUCAUCCAUCUUGAUCUCUCCGGUUCAAACUUUUCAGCGUCAUCUACAAAAUGGGUUAGAGGUUUAAUAAAUCUCCAGGUAUUAAGGUUGAACGUAAUUGAUCUAUUUGAGGCUACCUCUUCAUCAAAAGAGAAUUUUGCACAACAUAUUUCAUAUCUUUCUAAUCUUAGGGAUCUCGAUAUCUCCGAUUGCAGUAUCUCUGGCCCUGUAUUCCCAAUUCAUGAGUUUAACAAUCUUUCACAUCUAUCCACUCUCAAAAUGAACCAAAACUAUGGUCUCAGUUCUUCAAUCCCAUUACAGUUGGCUAAUCUAACUUCACUUUCUGUUCUUGAUUUAUCUUAUUGUGAUCUGCAAGGUUCAAUUCCUUAUCUCCCUAAACUUAAAGAGCUUGAUGUGAGUGAUAAUUAUGAUCUUGAUAUUGAUGAACUAACUAGGAUGCUUGAACUACCAUGGCCUAAACUACAAACACUUGUGAUAUCAGGAACCCGAUUAACCGAAUCCAUUCCAGAAUCAAUAUCAAAUGCGCCAAAUUUAGUGAGUCUUUCUGCCUCAUCGUGUUCAAUUCAAGGAUCUUUACCUUCUUCAAUAUAUACUCUUUCCCGGUUGCAGGAUCUUGAUUUAGCUGAUAACAACAUAACAGAUUCUAUCCAGUCUUCAAUCUCCAAUCUUAAAUAUCUAAACUUCCUCGAUUUAUCUGCUAAUAAUUUCCAAGGACCCAUACCCAAAUCAAUUUGCAAUAUAUUUCAUCUUCAAGAGCUUUAUUUAGGAUACAAUAAAAUAACAGGAACCAUACCAAGUUGCAUCACAAACCUCCUAAAUCUUAGUGUCUUCGAGGUUUCCAAAAACUCCAUUACAGGAAAAUUUUCGUUGUUCACUUUCAUCAAUGAACUGGACCUAACUCAUCUGGACCUGAGCUCAAACAAAUUAACAGUAGUUAUAGAUCAACACCACCUAUAUCCAUCUAAAUUCAAACUAGAGUCUUUAAAGUUGGAAUCAUGCAAUAUCCAAGGAUCUGUCCCUGUUUCCAUUUGUAAUUUUACCCAUUUGAAUUAUUUGGAUUUGUCUUUUAAUAACCUCACAGGAACAAUCCCUCCUUGCAUCUCCAAAUUCAAAAAACUCUAUCUCUUAGAUUUAUCCUACAAUAAACUUUCAGGUUCCAUUCCUUCUUCAUUAUGUUCACAAAAACAUGGAAUGCCAUAUACUUCAAAGAUUAACCUCUCCAACAACAAGUUAUCCGGGAUUAUACCUAAUAGUAUAGGAAACUGCCGUGAUCUUAGAUAUCUAAACCUCGGAAACAACAGUCUCACUGGAAAUGUUCCGAAUGAGCUUAAACACACAAGUCUAGAAUGCCUUGAAUUAAAUGAAAACAAUCUCAGUGGCGCGUUUCCUAUGUCGUUGAUCCUAAAACUUUUGUCUUUGAUAUUUCUCAAUUUAGGAAAUAACAAUUUUGAAGGUAUUAUACCUACUGGUCUUGGUUCACUCGGGUACCUCACAAUUCUUUCUUUGAGGUCAAACAGAUUCAAUGGCUCCAUUCCUGACGAUAUUAUCCAUUCAACAUCGCUUCAAAUAUUAGACUUAUCCUCAAACCAUUUCUCUGGCCAAAUUCCUUCAAAACUAGGAUAUUUGACGGCCUUAACGAGAAGAUUCUCCGGAUUCGAGUAUUUCUAUAAGGUGGAAUAUCUAUUGGCUAUCAAAGGCACCACAGUCAAAUUUGAGACAUAUAAGCUCCUUCGUUCAGGAAUUGAUUUAUCAUGUAAUAUUCUUGGCGGAAACAUUCCAGAAGAGAUAGGAUUAUUGCAAGGACUUAGUAUGCUUAAUUUGUCACAUAAUCAUCUCUCGAGCAAUAUCCCGGCGAGUAUCGGAAAUAUGUCUAGUCUAGAGUCAUUGGAUUUAAGUUCCAACAGACUUUCUGGACAUAUACCACAGUCUUUGGCAUCAAUCGACUCCCUUGAGAUUGUAAGCUUAUCUCAUAAUAAUUUGAGCUGCAGGAUUCCAAGAGGAAAUCAUUUUGAUACACUGAAUUUGGAUGGUUCUGCUUUUGCCGGGAAUCAUUUAUUGUGUGGAUUUCCUUUGAAGAAAGAUUGUGAGGUUGACCAUAAUAUUAGUACUGGUAGUACUAAUCCUUCAAUUAAAGACAGUGAAGACGAUCGAGAGGAUAAAAUAGAGAAGUUGUUGUUAUAUGCUAUUGUUGCCAUGGGGUUUGCAGCUGGCUUUUGGGGGUUGUUCUUAGUUUUGCUUAUAAAGAAACAGAAAUGGUGGUUUCCAUAUUGGAGAACUAUAAAUUCUGUUGCAGUUAAAAUAGUAAAAGGAUGUAUCCACAAAGAUUAA